AUGACGAAGGAAGCUACCCAAGCGCGGAUCCAACAAGUAUUGAAAGGGGAGGACGCAGAUCGAGGAUCGCAGGAAGAUCAGGGUGUCGACCACCGAAAGACCUUGGAUCUGGAGGCGCCCGACCUUACUGAGGUGGAUUCGCGGUGGAUCCACGCCCAUCGGUCUUUCAAUGUGCUUAAAACCAGGAUUGCUACUACUCCGAUCUUAAGACAUUUUGACCCAGAUCGGAAGGCCACAGUGGUGGUGUACGCUAGCGAUUGGGCCAUCUCGGGAGCGUUGAUGCAAGAAUACGACCAGAUCUACUACCCCGUGACCCGUACUCUGAAGUCGAACGAGCUAAACUACGGGAUCGCGGAGAAGGAGGUUUUAGCCCUUCUGAGGAUCCUGGACCUCAAUUACAAUGCGUUGGUUGGACGUCCGAUCCGUGUGUUAACCCGACAUUCGACGUUGGCGUGGGUCUUCAGAUCCACGGCCUUACAAGGACGUUUAGGACAAUGGGCUGCUCUGUUGUCGCCUUGGACACUUGAGAUCACCAAGUGUGCCAAAGGAGAGGAUGAGAUCUUGGGAACGCUGGCAGUCAGCAUUACCCCUAGAUCAGAAGUGGAUAAAGCAUUGAUCGCGAUCGCCACCAAAAAGGAACCAAGACGUACGAUCCAAGCUCCGAUCCCCACUAUCGGACGAGACGAGGAGCUAUAUGCCGUCAGCUUCGACGGAUCAGCCCGCGUCAAGAGAGGUGAAGGCGCCUACAGCGCGAUCUUGUGGAAGCUUCCCGAAUGGAGAAUGUUGAAGGCUAGAUCAGGAUAUGCCGAAGGCUUGACGGUGAAUGAAGCAGAAUACCAUGGUCUGCUAUGUCUGGAUCUGCUGGAAGAUCUGGAUCCACAGCGUCUAGUGAUCUGCGGGGACUCAAACCUGGUGAUCCAUCAAGUACGACGAGAGAUCGAUUGUAAGGCGCCAGGUCUGACACUGUUACGUCAGCGAGCCCUGGAUCGACUAUGUACGUGGCCAGAUCAUGAACUAUUGCACGUCAAACGAGACUGGAAUGCGAGUGCUGACAGCCUAGCGAGUGCUGCUCUACAACGGCAAUGUUGGAUCGAGAUAGAGUCUGACGCGGAGAUAGGAUCUCAUAACGUUGAUUCGAUCCUGAUAGUGAAAGUUGAAGAAAAGAUCGCACAAGUAUCAGCUGUAACGACCCGAUCUAAGGCUAGAUCGGGAGUGCGUGUGGGAUCUGAUCCCAAUUCCCUACGAGAAGAGGUCGUAAAAGAGCUGCGUAUUGAACGAAUCCGUCAAGCACAGGACGAGGAGACGUGGAUCAUGGACAUGAAGAAGUAUUUGAUCGGGGGGAUCCGGGAUCUGACACAAGAAGAGGCUAAGAUGUUCGGAUCUAUUGCUAUGAAUUAUUCAGUGGAUCAGUUGGAUCUGCUCUUCUAUUGA